AUGACCGGAAUGCCACCACAGAGUAAAAGGAGGAAGAUGACGACGUCAUGGUCGUCGUUGCCAGACGCGGUAGCUGUGAGCUGCAUGGCUCGCGUCUCGAGAUUGGACCACGCGAACUUAUCCCUCGUCUCCAAGAGACACCGCUCUCUCGUACUUUCCCAUGAGCUAUGUAGCGCGCGAUCGCUUAUUGGUUGCACCGAGGCAUCUUUUUACGUCUGCUUACGCAUCUCUCCUGAUCCAAACCCGCGUUGGUUCAUCCUCCUCACCCGUACUCGCCGGCUAGCGCCAAUCCCAUCGAACCCUUAUCAGGCUCCAGAGUCAUCCUCUUUCGUGGUGGUGGAUUGGGGACUCUACGUGAUCGGUGGACUCAUAAAAGGCAAACCCACUUCUGAUGUCUGGUUCCUUGAUUGUUUCUCUAAGACAUGGGACCGUGUCCCGUCCUUGAAAGUGGCUCGUGCUUCCCCAGCAGCAAGUCUCCUAAACGGGAAAAUAUAUGUUUUUGGAGGCUGUGAGGAGUUUGGUUCAAACUGGGCUGAGGUAUUUAACCUAAAGACUCAAACUUGGAAUACUUUGACUAUCCGAGAGAUACCCCACGGUAUCCACCAAAGUGUGGUGAUCGAGCAGAAGGUUUACGCUGUUGAUGAGGAGGAACAAAGCUUAUACUUCUUGCCAAGUGAAGGUACAUGGAGAAAAGGGAAGAAACAGGAUUCUAAGCCAGGAAACAGAAACGAUUGGUGUGCCAUUGGGAACUUGUUGUACUGCCGUGGUACUCGUGGUAGAAUACUGUGGUGUGAGCCAGAUGAGUUGGAUUGGAAAGAGGUGAAAGGUUUGGAAGAGUUUCAACUGUCUCUCUCUGGUUCUAUACUGCUCUGUCUGCACUCUGUACCAACCGAGGUCAAAUAUGAUAUCAGCAGACUCUGUAGCAACUCUGCUGGGAACAUUGUCAUCUUUUGGAACGCUCAUCUCGGAGUUCCUGAGAGUUUGGAGCUUUGGUCUGCCGAGAUUUCAAUGGAGAGACGCCAGGGAGACGAGGUUUGGGGGAAGGUUGUCCGGUCAGGUGCUGUUUACAAACUUGAGCCUCUCUCACACUCAUAUAGUGUUAAGGUCUUAUAUUCUGCUUCUGUCAAUGUCUGA